AUGGGCGCCUUCCGAAACCUCUUUGCCCUCUUUAGACGAGACGACCGUCAACGGCCCAGAGCCCCCGAGCGUGCCAAAUCGUCCUCCGCACGUCUCCAAUCCACCACCGCAGGGGUUUCAGAGCUAGGAGUGUCCAAGACCCGCCCGGCUGUUCACCGAGUUCAAUCUGAGUCCGUUCCCAAGUCCAAGACCGGAUCUAAACGUUUCUCUUUUAGACGCAGUGUUUCUGGUCCGUCUCCGCCCACUACGUCUUCCUCCAGCAUCGAUCCCGCUCGACCUACAACCUCUCCCUCGCCUGUCAAGUCUCCAGCAGCCGGAAACGACAGUGUUCCGAGUCUCGACUACUCGUUCGACCGCACCUUCCAAACCAUUGAGGAGGAGGAGUCGCUUGUUUCACCUGCAGUGGACACCCGCAAGUUCAGAGAGAGUCUCAAGAAGGAGCUGCUUCUGGACCUGGACGUCUACGACUCCAAGCCGUCGAGCAAGACUGUCACGGCCAAAUCGUCACUGCUGUUCGACAGCACAGACAGACCAUCUUCCCAGCUGUUUGACGCUAGCCGCGCGUCGCAGCUAUUUGACUCUAAGCUGGGUACACUUGAUCUGUCGUUUGAUUUGGAUCCAGCGACGAGUCCCAAUCUCAAUUCCAAACUUUCACAACACAGCAACACCACAGUCGGAUUAGGUUCAAAUUCAGGAGCACCUAGCGUGCAUGAUUCAAGCAGAACCCCUACCCACAUUCCCCUGUUUGGAUCCGACCACACGAACCCCCCAGACCACACCAGUCCUGAUCUCGCUCCUGCUCUUGACUAUUUGCAUUUGAACUUAGACAUGGGCGCCGACGACACAGACACCAAGACGGUCGACUCAAUCGACACCAAGACUGUCGACUCCCAGGAUACUAAAACAAGCCUAGACACAGUUCCUGACUCCCUUUCCGUCACCUCAGCAACCUCGUCUUCCUCCAAGUCCACCAAGAACAAGAAGAAGAAGGCCAAGGCUAAGGCUAAGAAGGCCACCACGAAAUUGGAAUCAUCAAAACCAGCUUCACCGGAAAUCGGCUCUCUGGAAGUCGAUCUGGACGACGAUGAUGACGGACUCGACUUUAUGGCGCAAGAGCUCGAAAACAUGAAAUUGGAGAUGCAGGGCAAGCGGGGCAAGCGAGAGUCUCCUGAACCGGCUGCAAAGGUUGAGGAGAAGACUGCUGAACAGCCUACAUCUACCGACUCUGCUGUGUCCAUCUCAAAGAAGUCAUCGGAGAAGAAGAAGAAGAAGAAGAAGAGCAAGUCUGGCGACAAAUCGGACAAAUCAAGCAAAUCGGAAAAAUCGGACAAACCUGAUUCGACUGGAUCGUCUACUGCACCAAUUGAUCUCACCUCGCCAGUGGCCACGUCACCGAUUGAUCUCACUAGCCCAGUGGAGUCUAAACUUGAAACCAUUGCUUCCACACCUGCACUGGUGGAUCAGGAUGCAAUUGCUCAGACUAGAGAGGUUUUACACAUGGAAGAUGCCGAUGGCGACAAUUCCGCUAAGAAGGUUGACACUGAGCAGGUGAAGGCUUCUCUAGUCCAGGUUGAAGAUGACAACAUUGGAGCCAUUGAGUCUGACAAGGCAGUCAAGGUUGACGAGGAGCAGGUCCAGCAUGAUCUCGUUGAGGAGAAGGAGGCGGAGAAGGAGGCGGAGAAAGAGAAAGAGGAGGAGAAAGAGGAGGAGAAAGAGGAGGAGAAAGAGGAGGAGGAGUUUAUUAAUCCCUCAACCCCUGCCAAGGUUGUUUCUGAAAAGCCCAAGGAGGUUUCUACUCCUUCUACUCCAGUUAAGGCAGCUACUCCAACCAAAACUGCUUCUACUCCAGUAAAGGCCUCAGUAAAGACUCCCGCGAAGGACUCUACAUCAUCCACUCCUCUCAAGGGGUCUCUUGUUCAGACUGAUGACAAUGAUCUUCCCGAGCCUAUCCCCACUGAGUCAUCCGCUCAAGACAAGACUGCCACUCCUACUGAGUCAUCUACUCCCAUCAAGCAGUCGCUUGUCCAGACCGACGAGACUCCUCUUAAGGCUGAAACUUCUGCUAGAGUGGCCUCUCCCGUUCCUGAACCUAUCCCCACGGAGCCCUCCACUCCCAAGGCUGCAUCUUCCAAGUCCACCCCCAUUGGCACACCCCUUUCUUCUUCCAUUACUGCAUCACCCUCCAAGACCCCCACCACUGCCACCACUGUCACUACAGCGGACGGCGAGCUGUUGAUUCCUCCCCGCACGUCUUCUCUUCGACGUCCUGAGGUGGAGUUGGCCAAGUCCAAGUCCAAGGAGGAUCUGAAGAAGGAGGGUGAGCCUACAGCUGAUAUCAAGAAUAAGUCUGAUGUUAAGGCUGAGGUUCAACCUGAAACUGAGGGACUCAAGGAAGAUGUCAAGUCUGACGUCACUUCUAAGGAUGAGCCUGCAACGCAACCCGAGGCCGAGGCCAAGGAGGCGGCAGAGGAGAAACUCAAGGCUCCCGUCAAGGUCAAGCCUGAUUCUGAGCCUGCUGAGGCAGAAGAGACUGCUACUGAGCCCAAGGAGUCGUCCCCUGAGCCCGAAGACAAGGAGAAGGCUUCUGAUGAAGCUUCCAACAAGACUUCGGUAAAGAAGGACAAGAAGAAAAAGAAGAAGUCCACCAAGAAGGUCAAGGAGGUCAAGGAGGCGACCAAGGCGGACAAGGAGACUGCCAACGUGGAGUCCCGGCCUGGUGCUGUUUUAAAGGAUGAUAUGGCCGAGUCCAAGAAGGCUGACAUUGACGAGAAGCCUGAGGCUGAUGCUAAGGCUGAGGAGGAGGCGGAGAUAGAUUCCAAGAUCGCACAGCCCACUGAAACGGAUGCCGAUGCUGUGGACGACAAGUUGGAGGCCAAGGGCGAGGACAAGGAGGUGAAGGGUACCCAGCCUGUGACUGAGACUGUAGCUGAGGCUAUAGCUGAGGCUGAGACCAAGGAGCCUAUUAAGACCGAGGCUGAGAUCAGGGAACCUCUCGAGACUGAGGUGGAGAAGCCUGCUGAAUCGGAGAAGAAAAAGGAAGCGCCAGACUCCAAGACUGAAUCCAAGGAGGAGUCGAAGGAUGAGGCCAAGCCUGUUGAGAUUCAGUCCAAGUCUGCCAAGACGAACGUCGAAAAUGAUACUAAGGACUCUGACGUCGCUGCCAAUGCCAUUCCCUCUCCUGCCGCCACCGCUAGUUCUACUCCUGAACCCGAGACCAAGGAGAAGAAGAAGAAGAAGAAGAAAUCCGAGACAGGCGAGAAGACGGAGAAGACGGAAAAGAAGAAGAAGGUGGUGAUGCCUGCUGACGCGAUGCUGGACGGCAAGUACUAUGUCUACACUUCUUACGGUACAGGUAUUCGAGGUAUUAUGGCUUCCACCAAUAACCUGGUGAACAUUCUGGCGGCCAACGAUCUAGAGCCCCAGAUUGUGGAGAUCACUGUUCUUCCUCGAGCCCGACGAGUAUGGCGAUUCCGAGGCACAGGCAAGGAACUUCCUGCCGUUGUCAAGGACGAGGAGGUGCUGGCAGACUACAAGGAGGUGUGUGAGGCCAACGAGGUUGGCACUCUGGAAGAUUUGUUGGAGAUUGGACUUUAG